AUGGAUCACACGCUCUUCGGCUGCCUGCGCAGCCCGCACCACGCGCCCGGGCAGGGCUUGCACCCGUUCUCGCAGUCCGCCCUGGCCCUGCACGGGCGCUCCGACCACAUGUCCUACCCGGAGCUCUCCGCGUCGUCCUCCUCUUGCAUCAUAGCGGGAUACCCCAACGAGGAGGGCAUGUUCGGCAGCCAGCACCACAGGGGGCACCACCACCAUCACCACCACCACCACCACCAGCCGCAGCAGCAGCACCAGUCCCUGCAGACGAACUGGCACAUCCCGCAGAUGGCUUCCCCGCCGCCGCCGCCGCCGCCGCCGCCCGCCUCCGCCUCGGCCAGGCACAGCCUGUGCCUCCAGCCCGACUCGGGAGGGCCCGCGGAGCUGGGCAACAGCCCGCCGGGACUGUGCUCGAACUCCUCGAGCCUGGGGACCAGCCCUCCGACGGGGGCGACGUGCGCGCCGGGAGAUUAUGGCAGGCAGGCGCUGUCCCCGGUGGACACCGAGAAGCGCGCGGGCAAGCGGAAAAGCGACAGCUCAGAUUCUCAAGAGGGAAAUUACAAAUCUGAAGUCAACAGUAAACCAAGAAAAGAAAGAACAGCUUUCACCAAAGAACAAAUCAGAGAGUUAGAAGCAGAGUUUGCCCACCACAACUACCUCACCAGACUCCGGAGAUAUGAGAUAGCAGUAAACCUGGAUCUUACUGAAAGACAGGUCAAAGUUUGGUUCCAGAACAGACGGAUGAAGUGGAAGCGGGUAAAAGGAGGGCAGCAAGGAGCUGCAGCCCGAGAAAAGGAACUGGUGAAUGUGAAAAAGGGCACCCUGCUCCCCUCAGAGCUUUCUGGAAUUGGCGCAGCCAACCUCCAGCACACAGGGGACUCGCUAGUAAAUGACGACAGCCACGACAGUGACCACAGCUCUGAACAUGCACACUUAUGAUAAAACAUGAAGAAGUCACGACUCUUUUCUCAGGAAAGACAUGCUAACACAGCAAGCCUUACGUGGACAUCAUUCAUGUAUGCAAGCAACUCUCUGGCAAUUAAAUAUAUUGGAAUUAUGGCUUCUGCUACUCUUUUUUAUGAAUUAACACAUGAAUUCAGUAAGUGCCACACCUUACUUGUGCCUUGUGAGCAGAAGCAGAAGACAAACUUGCUUUUGAACAUUCCAGAUUUGUCUGUCAUUUCAAUGACAAUGGGCAGGUAUUUUUUGCUUAAGCUUGCACUGAAAAAUGCCAUUGCUCUCAAUGAAUUUAACAUUUUGAAGAAAACAAAACAAGAACACAGUGCCAACAGAAACACUGUCUAGCAGAUAAGAAAUGUAUUUUAACUCUGUAUAUAUCUACUUUGCCGCAUUUUUACUUUUCAUUCAUUUUUAGCAAUGCAUUCAUAUUAGCUGAUGGCCAUAAUCACUCAUGAGAAUAAAUGGCUUUUUUGUGUGUGUCUAUUUUUGUUUUGUGUCCCAGAGAUAUAUAAUACAUGCAGACAAUCAUGUUCAGAUAGUGGAUGUUACAGAAGAGUCUGCUCGGGAAAGACCUUAUACCAUAGACAAAACAAAUCUUAUGUUGCAUUUACUAUCAACUGCUGCUAAUAGGAAAUUAUUAAAUCCUGCUCCUUAAAUUUUCUUACUUUAUAACAACAGGGGUUUUUUUCUAAAUAGGAUCAUACCAGUCAAGAAAGAAGCCAACUGUCCAUUCAUAUAUAGAAUUUGUUACUAUGAACAUUUAACACUGUAGUUCCUAGUCACAAUCCAUUAACUCCAUGGAUCCUUAAUAAAUUCAAUAAACCCAAUUCAAAACAGCCAGAUUUACCAUAACCAAAGGCGUUGGUGUUAUAAAUUGGAAACUUUAUUUCUGGUAAUUACAUCUAACAUUCAGGUAUAAAUGCCACAGAUUUUAAAAAUGCAUAUGGUGGAGUUAAUUGCCUCUGUUAAUGACCAACAUUGAUUAAAAAUAGCUCUGAAUUCACAGC